CUGUUUAUAAACAAAAAAAAGUAAUUGGAAUUUAAUAUGUAGUACACAUCGUUUAAAUAUGUAUAAUUGCCCAUACUAUCUAAAUUCAUAACGAUUAUAGUAAAUAGUGUUGAAUAAUAUUCGUUUGGAAUUGCAAUUAAUUAAUCCGCAUUGUCAAUAAUAAAUAAAAAUGAAUGCUAAUAUCUGCAGGUGUUGUUUAACAAAAAACUGUUCUAAUAAAAUGAAUGAAGAGUAUUGUCUUAACUUACCCGGCGAGACAGAAAUAUACGAAAAUAUUUUACGUGAAACGUUUGAUAUUAUCUUAUAUCAACACAAAAGCACACAGAAAUACAUAUGCAAGAGUUGUGUGGUAAAAUUGCAUGAUGCCACAACCUUCAAGCAGCAAGUUUUGAGAUCUGAAGAAGCAUUCUUAGCUCUAAUUCAUCACCAAGAAUCCUCAUCUCAUCUUGGCUCAGUCAAGCAAGAGAUACCAGAUGAUGACACUAAUGAGAAGAGUGCUGUGGCAGAUGAUGUGAUAAAUAAUGGGUGUCUUAUCAAAGACAAGCAGGUACCGCAUCGCAGAAAAAUUGGUGAUAUGGUUACAAAUGAUGCCAAGAAACCGAUGCUUACGGCAAACAGGAAAUGCCUUAAAAAGCAAUCUCCGAAUACAAUUCAAAAGGAAAAUACUUUGAAAUUAAUAAAAAACUCAAACAUGUGCUUGUUUAAGUCGUUUAAGACGAAGUUCGGCUGCUAUCAAUGCGGCGAACGUUUCCUAAAUAUCUUGGAUUUACGGGAACAUUCUCGCAGGCACACGGACACUAGGAAAACGGAGACGGGGGUCACGAACCUCAAGGGCGUGUCGUGUCUGAACGCCGAAAUAUCCGAUCUCGAAUGCAAACUGUGCUCUAAAGACCUCAAAGGCCUGGCCCAACUGCAGACGCACCUAAUCGAAGCCCACGGCAUAAAGUUCGAAAGUCCCAAGCACUAUUUAGUGCCGUACGAGAUUCGAAACGGCUUUCGCUGUACCGUAUGCGGUCAAAAGUUCGAGAGCUUUCUGCGUUUGCACAUCCACAUGAACAGCCACUCUUCAAACAACGUCUGCGAGGUCUGCGGGGUCUCGUACGUGAACCGGACCAGUCUCAGGGUCCACGUUCAAGGUCAGCACCGAGAGAAGAAGUGCCCUCAAUGCCCUAUGGUGUUUCCGGGGAAUUCGGCGAAAUCGGCCCACUUGCACAAGGUCCACGCCAAGAAGCCGUACUUGAGACGCUGUUUGCAUUGCGAUAAGACAUUCCCAUACGCGUACCAGUUGAACGAGCACUGCGUUAGCGAACACGGCAGGAAGCGCGAGUCCCAUCACUGCCAAGAGUGCGGCAAGCUGUUCUUGACCCGGCAAAAUCUGCGGAUCCACACGAAAUCGGUCCACGUCAGGGAACGCAAGCACGGCUGCGCUGCCUGCGACAUGAGGUUCUUCACGAAGUUCGAUUUGAGUCGGCACGAGGCGACGCACGAGGACGUCAGGCCGUUCUCGUGCGCGAAUUGCGAGACCAAAUUCAAGAAUAAGGAAUCGCUGCGAAGGCAUAUUAAAAGGCAACAUUCAAUGUAGAUCGAAAUGGGAUUACGCUGGAUAAUGAUAGUGAUAGGACCGGUCGUGAUGGCGAAGCUCUAGGGCGGAUAUGUCCAGCAUUGGACGGCAAUGGGCUAAUGAUUCUUCUUAUUCUGUGCCGCCGCGCACCGGCCGGCCAACGCCUUGUACAUCAUUAUUACGCGCUUGAUCAUUAUUUUAAAAACUGCGAUAUUUUCUAAGAUACUGAUCGAAAUCAAAUGAUGUAAAGGGCAUAUUUCUUUUGAAUUAAA